AUGCACCAAGAGUUAUCUUGCGAAUCUGAAGUCUACGACUAUGAUUUUGCAAUAACAAAAGAAGCAAUUCUUAAAUACCUUACAAAAGAAAUGUCGGAGCACAUUGCUCUAAAGAAAAAUAUUGUAAAAUCCUUUAGAAAGCUUUUAAAUGAAUUAGUGCACGAUAUUCGCAAACUUUUAAACAAUUUAAAUUCAUAUUCAGAUGAAAUAAGAAAUUGCUUAGCUAUCUAUUUUUACACCCUGAUAUUUUAAUUGCGUUGAUUAAUAAGUGCAGCCAUAAGUGGCUCAUGCUGAGGGCUGAAAACAAUAGCUUAAGGAGGAAAAGGUAA